CGCAUCAAUAACAUAUCGAUAAAUAUUAUACUAAUAGGAAUUAAAACUCUUGUGAUAUUUGCUGCGAAAUAGAAAAUUAUUAUUUCUUUAUAUAAAAACAUUAUUAAUAUUAUAUAAUUUAAAUAAAUUACUGGCACGGAUAUGGCAUUUAAGACAAAACUUCUGUACAAUAGUAAAAAUAAUGUACUCUCUGGUGAAACAGAAACCGUUCAUCUUCACAAUGUUGGAAAUAUGAUUUUGCACGCAUUUAAAUCUGAACCGGACUUUAUCGGCCAGGUGGAUGCGAAAACAGGAGAGAAAAUUACAUUCCAACAGAUGAGAGAAAACAGCGUAAAGUGUGCGUUAUGGUUACAAAAUGAAGGAAUUGGAUAUCAAGACAAAAUAACAAUAUGUACUUGUAACCAAAUGGACGCCUAUGUGCCAUUUCUAGCUAGUCUUUUUAUCGGGUCCAUUGUCAAUCCGUGGGAUGCAAGAUAUUUCCAAAAUUUUGUACGAGUUAUGUAUUUUUUAUCGGAAUUUGAUCCAGAUGUAAUCUUUAUCGACGAUAACAAUUACGAAAAACUUCAACAAGCUCUCGAUUGCUUAAAUAUAAAUGAUAAAAUAUGUUCUCCGAAAAUCAUAACUUUUGGAAAAAUUGACAAUGUCAUUUCGCUUGAAUCAAUUUUAAAUAUCGACAUUGAUAAGAGCAAAAUCAUGAAAUUUUCCUGCAAAGUGAGAAACACAAUAGAUGUCGUAGGAACAAUGUUUUCUUCUGGCGCAACAAGUUAUCCUGGUACAUCGUCUCUUCGUUACUUUGCUUUUACAUUUCCAUCAAAUCAGUGUAUACCUGUUAUGUCUUUCGGUGACGUUGGCCUAUGGUAUGAGCCUUUAUGUUGGACUUACAGUCUGCUUUUGAUUGUUCGUAGUAUAAUUUCAUUCGUAACAGUGAUCAAGUCUUCAGAAUUUAGCGAGGAAAAUUUAUAUAAAACAAUAGACAAGUAUAAGGUAACAUGGGUGUUUCUUACAAAUAAAGCAGGCAAUCAAUUGCUUCGAGUCGAUUCUCUUGCGAAAUACGAUCUUUCUUCCUUGAAAGAGCUUAUAUUCGAUACUACAGUAACACACAGUGAUAUUGACGAAAACUUCAUCAAGCAACUUUCACAUGUUUCUUUUGUUCGAGUAUACAGUGUAUCAACUACACAUAUAAUUAUUAAUUAUUAUCGGAGGAAUUAUAAAACGGGAUGUAGAAGUUAUUUAGCUAAAAAUAUUCAAUUGAUGAUUCUUGAUAUGAAAACGCAGGGUGCUGUAAACCCAAAGAAGCUAGGCGAAAUCUGGUACAAACUGGAGUGUUUAUGGUGCACUCAUAAGACAUGUGAGAUACCAAGUUGUGAGAAUUAUCGAGCAAAACGAAGUAUCGACAUGAAAUACUGCGCUCCCAUCACUUCCACAUGGCAUUGUACCGGAAAUUACGGGUUUUAUGAAACGACAAAUAAUCUACUCUUCGUUGUAGAUAAAAUAAAAAAUAUUAUUAAAUAUAAAACAUAUUUGAUCUCAGCUGCACAAAUCGAAUGCGUAUUACUAAAACAUCCGGCUGUGUCCGAGGUUGUUGUGCGAGGUGUGUCACAUCCUACUGACAUUCAGCAUCCAGUGGCUUAUAUUAAGAAAAAAAUUGGAAUAAAGGUAACCGAAGAGGAACUAAACCAAUAUGUGAUAAAAGACCUGCCCAGCUCUUAUAAAUUGCAAGGGGGUAUAUUCUUUAGAAACAAAAUGCCAUAUCUUCCCAAUGGAAAUAUUGACCGAAUGCUAGUUCAGCUAGACUCGUAAAUAAUUUAACGACAAUUUAACAUUUUUAUAUUUGAUGAAAAGUAUGAUGUGCAAAAGUACUAAGACAAUUUGAAAGUAUUAAAUAAUUUAAACGAUUUAAAGUGAUUUUUUUCUUAUAUAUACAAAU